GCCAGGAGUUAAAUGCAGCCGCGGCUCCGCGCAGCCCGCUGGUCUCUGGCGGCGUCGGGCUUCGCUUCUUCGGCGUGCUUCCUACUAUAGCCAAGUCAUUGCUGAUUCUAGAGCUUGAAGUAUACAUCUGCAUUUUUGUUUCAACAAAUCUUAAACACAAUGGACCAGAGCAACAAAGAGUGCAAUAUUGUGGUUGAUGGUAAUUUUCACAUUCCCUUCAAGAAGGUAAUUCAUUUUAGCCCUCCGUUAUACAGACAGCGUUACAACUUCGUUAAAGAUUUGGUGGAUCAACAUAAACCCAAGAAGGUUGCAGACUUGGGGUGUGGUAAUGCUUCACUUAUACAGACAAUUAAAUGCCACAGUUGCAUUGAACUGCUUGUUGGAGUAGAUAUCAAUAAAGAUAAAAUAGACUCACAAAGGUGUACAUUGUCUCCAUUCUGCGGGGAUUAUCUAAGUCCCCGGGACCUGAAUUUGUCCAUCAUCUUAUAUCAUGGCUCUGUUGUGGAGAGAGACUCUCGUCUGCUUGGAUUUGACUUAAUAACAUGUAUUGAAUUAAUAGAACACUUGGAUGAAAAAGAUCUGGCCAGAUUUCCCGAAGUCGUAUUUGGGUACUUGUCUCCAGCCAUGGUCGUCAUCAGCACACCGAACUCUGAAUUCAAUCCCCUGUUUCCAGCAGUGACUUUAAGAGAUUCAGAUCACAAAUUUGAGUGGAACAGAAGGCAGUUUCAGACUUGGGCUUUAAGUGUGGCGAAUUUCUACAAUUACUCUGUGGAGUUCACUGGCGUGGGAGAACCACCAGCAAGAGCUGGGAAUGUUGGAUACUGUACCCAGAUAGGGGUCUUCCGGAAAAUUGGAGCAAAGGCAACUGAAUCAUGCAUUGCGGGACAGUGUGAUGAACAUGUUUAUAAAAUUGUUUAUACAGUCUCAUACCCGAGUUUACAGCAAAAAGAAGUCCGCAAAUUUGCACUGACAAGUGAGGUGUCCCGCCAAGUCCAGAGCCUGAAACGCAGAUACGUAUCAAGUGUGAAAAUACUACAGGACGACGAAUCUAUUCAUAAGUUAAACGACACCGGGAUCAUCACGUUUUUUGGACCAGUCUUCACAGAACUUGAAAAAACCAACAUAGAGAAGUCUCCCAAACCUUUCUGUUUUGGAAAUAAGUUUUAUGUACCCUUGGAAAGACUUUUUGCUUAUCCCAAGGUGAACCGCUUAUGUGAAAAUGUAGACAUGAUGAGAGCGCUUAUUCGCGACACGAUGAGACUGAACCGUGAUGGUUCCGCAGUGAAGGUGGAUCUGCAUGAUCCGUGAGCCAUCCUUCCUGGAAUUCAGGGUCUUAGCAGUAAUUGGGCUCAUUGAGAAUUUAAGCUUUGUUAGUUAUGAUUCAAGUAGCCUUGUUUUUAAAUAUGCUUUGUUUUGGGGUGGGGGGUUAGGGAGUUGGUUCAUAAUAUGCUUAUGUUUUGUUUUGGAGCCAUGUUGCAUGUGACAUUAAAAAGUUUUAAAAUUA